AUAUAUAUUAUGUGACUCCCAUGUUGAUACAAACUGUCAAAUGUGCAUGCUUCAUUUUUGUAGGCACUAGCGCCUCUCCAUCACACUCUUUCCCCUUCUGCAGAUCUGAACCUGACAGUUAAAAACAAAACGCAUACUUUCUUUCUUGAGUAUUAUACUUCUUCCAGCAAUAAAACAAAGGUCAUUAUUGAAAUAAAAUAAAAAUAUUGCUUCCGUUUGCACUGGCAUAGUUGACAAACAUACUUUUCUUAGGUGACAUCAGAUCAUGUCGACCAGUUGCAUAAAUCCGGUUCGACCAAGGUGUAGAAAUGGGUGUUUAUAUUUUGUAGGUGUACACAAAAUUCCUAUCGCAAAGGUUAUAUUCGCGGCAUCACGUGAGUAUGGUUAUAAUGAGCCAUUUAUGAAUUCCAUAAUUCCAACGUAUAUGUGCUGAAGGCGGGAGGUCCUAUUCUCAAAAAUUAAGUAUGCCACAAUUUAAUCUAUCAAAACGGUCAUCAAAAAAGAAGGAGGAAAAAAUGGAAGUGAAUGAGAAACGGGUAAGAUGUGAUGUUAUUUGCUCCAUAAUAUGUCAAAAUCUAUACUACAAAAUGAGAUUUUCAUUUUAUUUUAUUCCUAGCUCACUCGGGACUUUGACAGGUGCCGUGUUGUGGCCUCUCAUUUUGGGGUAUCAUUUCACCACUUGUAUUAUUUUACAUAUGUUGUCUACCCCCGUAACAUAUAGCCCUUGAUGUGGGGGUGGCCCAAAUUUUUAAUUUUCAGCUAAAUAUAUUGACGCUAUAAUGGUCACCCCCACUCCUCGGACCUGAUUAACGCCACUGCAAUGAUUGUAACUUAAAUGUUAAAGUUACAUAUUAAUAUAAUAUAUAAUAUAAUAUAAUUAUGCCUUGUAUUAAAAAAAAUGAUUAAUAGACACAACCUCGUUUUAGUUACGUGUAUUUAUUUCUGUAUUUAAUGUGUGCAUAUGUUUUUAUUGAUAAGCUCAUAUCGCACAUGUAAUAGUUUAGUUUUUCAUGGAAUUGUGGAAAAUAAAAUUUGAACUUUGAAUUUCUGAAUUAUGAUGGGUAUCUGCAAUAGGAUGGAGAAGUUAACCCUGCUUCCUGCCUCAAAGGAUUAUCAACUGAAGAUUUGGAUGAUUGAUCUUGAGAUAACUUUGUCACCUUACAACUUGAAAUCAAACAAUAGGAUGUCGCUCUAUUUGAAGUCCCCGCGGCGGUGUCAAACAAUAGACCGGCUCAAACAAUGCGUUAAUUGACUGACGAAACGACCAAUCAAAAGGUACUCUCAUUAACCUUAUCUCUUAUCAAAGCUCUAUAAAUAAUUGGAGGUUUUAUGAAGUUAGCCAUUCACUAUUAGAUCCUUAUCAGAAAUUAUUCACGGAAGCUAACGAUCGCAUUAUUUUAUAACUGGAUUAUCGCAAUGGCUCCUCCGAGGAAACGGCGAAAGAUAGACACUUUCACUGCAGAUGAAGUUCGUGAUAUCCUAAUGGAUUCAGAUUGGGAGAUCGAAGAUCCACGGGAUGAUUCUGUCGACAGGUGGAGUGAUGAAGAAGACAUGAACACUUCAGAUGAUACCAAUAUCACGUUUCAUGAUGACCCUUCUCAUCCUUCUGAAAACGAAGAAAAUUCUGUGAAUACUUCUGCAGAUAAUGUGCCUGGACCUACAGAUGCACAUCCUUCUGACGUUGAUCAACCGGCAACAGGUCCUGCAUUAGUUCAACAAACUGGCCCUAGUCUGACACGUACGACUCCAAUAUGGACAAGAUUAGCUGAAUGCGACAAUUUUACGCCUUCUAGAGCUCCAGUAGAUGGACGAGCUCGCCUCAAAUUUGACUUCACCGACUUCACACCUGUGGAUUUUUUUUACCAGUUUUAUCCACGCUCCAUAUUUGAGCAUAUCACCGAGGAGACCAACCGCUAUGCAUCCCAGUUUUUCGACUGCCCAGAUCCGGUUUUAUCAGGUUCUCGUUAUAAUGCAUGGAGUGACACUGACGAAAGUGAGAUGAGAGCUUUUACCGCAUUGCAAAUCGCAAUGGGACUCGUAAAGAAACCAGCUGUUGCGAACUAUUGGGAAACCAUCAGCGGUGUAUUGGCAACACCGGGAUUUGGAGAGGUUAUGCCAAGGAAUAGGUUUCAAUUGUUAAAUGGUUUUCUCCACUUCAACAACAACGAACGCAUCAUCACCCGCGGAAAUCCCGGAUUCGACCCAAUGUUCAAAACUAGACCUCUUAUCGACAAAUCGGUGCCACAAUACAUGGAUUCCUACGAACCUAGUUGCCAUCUGAGUGUGGAUGAAAGCCUUGUGCCCUUCAAGGGGCGCCUAGCUUACAAGCAGUAUAUCCCAAACAAACCAAAGAAGUGGGGUAUAAAGAUGUGGGUUCUGUGUGACGCAGAGACUGGAUUUUGUUUGAAGUGGCUUCCAUAUACAGGAGCAGAGAUUGUUCCACGUGGAGCUUCGGACAGCAUUAGCGAAAGGAUUGUGAAACGACUUGUGGAGCCAUACUUUGGAACGGAUCGCGCUGUCUACUGUGACAAUUUCUACACAUCGGUAGGACUUUUACAAGACCUUGCGGCCAAGGACAUGGGUGUGUGCGGUACAGUGAGAUCGAACAGACGAGGGCUUCCGGAUGAUGUGCGUAAUGGUCAGCUGCAUCUGAAGAAGGGCGAUGAUCCGGUAUACUACCGAAGUAAUGACGACAUGCUUCUUGUCAGUUGGCAUGAUACCAAACGCGUCAAUGUCCUGUCUACGAUCGACGAUAAUACUGUUAUAAAGAAGUCAGUGAGGAGUAGGCACCACCAAGGAGGAAGGCGGGAAAUCAAGAAGCCAUCAGCUGUGAUCUCAUACAAUGCCUACAUGAAUGGAGUUGAUAGGCUAGAUCAACGUAUGUCGUAUUGCAAGUUUCCCCACAAAAAAAGAAAGGCAUACCGUGUGAUAUACCAUUUCUUAAUGGAAGUUGCUCUCGUAAAUGCACAAAUCUGCCACAAAUUAGCUAACCCAACCAGCAAGCUCACAACUAGAGAAUUCAGGAGCAGCAUAAUCUCAGGACUUCUUUCCGGACAUAAUCCAACCCGCUACAGAAGACCCAGAGUGCCCCCUCCUGUCUCGGAGGCACGGCUCGAAGAAAAGCACUUCUUGGACGAGUAUCCCCGGGGUCAUAGGCGGGACUGCUUUGUGUGUUCCGUACGACCUCACCGCAGAAAGACGACGAGCACAUACUGCAUUGAGUGCAACAAGGCCAUGUGUAUCAAAUGUUUUAGGAGAUAUCACACUCUCAAGAAUUACUAA